AUGAGGCGCGGAGUUUAUCGCGCCUCGGCCGCGAUUCUCGGGGAUCCCGGGAACGAGCGCCGCCGUGGCGUCCCUGGUGGCGAUGGCAGCAGCGGCGGAAAGUUCAACCUGGCGGAUGAGAAGAAAGUCAAAGUUCAAAAAAAGAAGAAAGAGAUGUAUGAGUUGCAGUACGAGGCUGGAGCCAUUGCUCCCUUGUAUGCUUGGGAUCCUGCAGGUUUCGUCCAGAAGGGUCCCAGUCAGACCGAGAGUUUCUAUCGACUUCGCCAGGCAGAAUUGAAACAUGGCAGAGUGGCGAUGCUGGCAUUGGUGGGCGAAAUCGUGCAGCACUAUGUGUACUUGCCCUUCUUCGAUGGUGUUGGCAAAGGCCUGGAUGUGGGAAUCCUCAGCUGUGGUGAUUUGGUGGUACUCUGGUGCAAAGCAGAGUUUCUGGUGAUGGCGGGCCAUAGCCAUAGCGGCCGCGGCGACGCCUGGAAUGAGGCGUUUUGGGAUCUCCAUCGGCGGCUGGGAGAAUGCUAUGCACAGGAUCUCCUGAUGAUGCAGGAAGGGCGGAUGCCAGCGCCACCACUGCCCAGAGCCCCAUCCAAAGAAACACCACCAUCGCUAUGGGCAGAAAGCGUGAAGAUGGCUCCAUCUGCUCCCUCCCCGGCCACUCCAUGCAACGGGCGGGUGCCGAGCCAACCGCUGUUCCCCCUUCCGAGGGCAGCCAGUAAACCCCUGGUACCCGUGGAUGACAUGGGAUUGAUGCUCAUGGACAGCCCUGAUUUGUGGCAGUCUGAAGCCUUCUUAGAAGACUUGCAGGUGCUGCAGAAAAAGCACGACAGGGACAUCGUCCAGUCGAACAGAUCUCCAACAGAGAAAUCAAAGAAUUCAAUGCCGUCUGAGGAGUUUGAUUCGGAGCAUGUCUUUUGUCCAAGAGCCUUUUGGUCGAAGCCGAUAGAUGGCUCAGAAGAGGUGGGACGACAAAGUAAGAGCAUAUGUGCUUUCACUUCAAAAUCUCGACGAGUUCUCUCAACAGGCGGAAUAGCGCCAGAAUUGCUGCGGGCGCGACGAACAUCCAGCCAGUGCUUUUACAUGCUGCGGAAUCCCAGCAGUACCUUUUCAACCUGGUGGGGUACCAUUGGUGUGUUAUUGCUGUCUUAUGAUUUUGUCGUGAUCCCGCUGCGGUUCGUCGGCCUUGGCGAAUCAUCACUGCUGACGAUCAUGUUUUGGAUCGCCCAUUUGUACUGGAAUGCAGCAAUUCCAUUGUCUUUCAUUACGGGAUAUGAUGAAGAUGGGCUACUGGUCCUGAACUUGAGGAAAACCUGCAGAAAUUAUGGGACCACUUGGUUCAUCUUGGAUUUGGCUUUGGUGAGCCUUGAUUGGACCAUUUUGGUCCUUGACUCUGACGGUGAUUCUGCCGGUGUGGCUCGCUUGUCUCGCACCAUCCGUAGCCUACGCUUUCUGCGCCUGCUACGGCUGGGGCGUGUCGUGAGAUUAGGUUCGAUCAUUGAGUCCGUGAAGGAGCAGUUGAGUUCCAGAAUGGCCAACAUCCAGUACAGUAUAAUGAAAAUCAUAUUUCAACUGCUGAUCUACAACCACAUCAUAGCUUGCUUGUGGUAUGGCAUUGGGGCAGAAGAUCAUGACGACUCGAGUUGGGUCGAAAAAAUGCAGCUGAAUGAGCGCUCAGUGUCCGUGCGCUAUGCGACCAGCCUUCAUUGGGCCUAUUCCCAGCUGGGUGUGGGCAGCACUGAGAUUGAAGCAAUCAAUCUCAAUGAGCGCAUUUUUUCCAUCGUCGUCAGCUUUAUGGCCUUGCUCAGCUUCUCUACUGUGAUCAGCUCAAUGACAUCGUUGCUGGCGGCGCUACAAAAGUUGAAGAACGAUGAAAUGGAACAAUUCUCUGGGCUGCGAAAAUUCCUAUUGCACAACAAUAUUGAUCCAGAUUUGUCCAUUCGAGUCACACGCUUCCUCAAGCAUACCUUUGAUAUGAAGCACAAGGCCCUGUCAAAGGACGGAAAAGUGGCAAUCCUGGACAUGCUCUCGAAAUCAUUGCACGAAGAACUUGAAGUUCAAAGGCACAACGAGUGCUUGCAAGACAGCGGCUUCCUACAUCAGCUCUUGUUGGAUCCCGGCACAGAUGCAUAUCAAGUUCUUUGUUCUGUUGUUACCACGUGCCUGCAACACGGAGUCUUUGCACUUGAUGACGUGGUUUUUGCACACGGAACCGUUUCCGCAGCUUGCUACUACAUAUCAGAUGGCCGAUGUCGCUAUGAUCACUCAACCCUGAAAUCAGCGCAUCUUGCAAGGCUUAGCAAUGUGUGGAUUGCUGAGAUGUGCCUUUGGACUCCGUGGCUUCACAUGGGAAAUUUAGAGGCUCAGGACAUUUCCCGGCUGAUUUCAAUUGAAGUUGCAACCUUCUGUGACGCGGUGGACAAAAAUCAAAGGAUCCGCAGGAUGGCAUCCGAUUAUGCCGUUGAAUUUGUAAGGGAUUUGAACAUUCUGAAGCAUUGGUCAGACCUGAAUCCAGCCAUUUUGAAAGAGGAGGAUCAGCGCUCCAUUGGUUUCCCUCAGAGCUCCUCUAUACAUGCCAGAAAAUGCUGUAGUGGAAAGGGUCUCUUUAGUAAAGUCUUGCCUUCCGGCUAAAGCCGUGGUCAAGACAAGCCCAGAGUUCAGGCCUGAGUUGACCGAUUGACUACUCAUAAGGGGCCGAUUGGACAACUCUGGCUUUCUAUUCUUUUCCGAAGAAAGGGGUGAACACAUAUGCAAGGCUCAAGUCCCGUUUCACGCUGUUUCCGC